AUGUACGGGGCAACCUAUUCCGUCGCAAACGUCGCCGACACUAUCGGCCACAAGCUGGAGCUAGCCGCGGCGGGGACUGUGACGUUUGCCAGUACGAUGCUGGCAAAUGUGCCACUAGCGCUAUGGAAAGACAUGUCGUUUGCGCAGGCAUACGGCACCGGCAAUGGUCCCGAUGCCAAGAUCACCACGAACAUCCCGCAGAGCCCAGUGCCCCUCAACAAGACGAUGGCCCGAGCGGCAGCUGCUAUCUUCCUGGUGCGAGACGGCGUGACGAUCUUCGGCUCCUUCACAUUAGCGCCUCACUUGUCGGAGGCCAUCCCCGACAGCUGGGCAACGCAUCCUCAUGCGAAGCCGAUCAUCACUCAGCUGACCGUCCCUGUGUUGACUCAGCUGGUGGCGACUCCGCUGCACCUCCUGGCGUUGGAUAUGUACACCCGCCAAUAUAGGAUUCCCUUUGUAGACAGGGUCAAGCAUUCACAAAAGUAUGUGGUGUCCUCGACGUUGUUGCGAGGUGUUCGCAUCAUCCCCGCCUUUGGUAUUGGGUGCUUGGCAAAUAUGGAGUUACGGUCGGCUUUUCAUGCAAAACUCUCAUAG